UCUCACUUCACUGCAAGCCCGUGGCGAAGGCGGGCUGGGCCUCUCCGGGCUCCGCCCCCGGAGCCUCACUUCCGGGAGCCAGCAGGCCCCGCCUCGCCCUGGCGGCCCAGAGCCACCAUGGAGCGGCAGGUGCUGCUGAGCGAGCCCGAAGAGGCGGCGGCGCUGUACCGGGGCCUUAGCCGCCAGCCCGCGCUGAGCGCCGCCUGCCUGGGCCCGGAGGUCACCACGCAGUACGGGGGUCGCUACAGGACGGUGCACACUGAAUGGACCCAGAGGGACCUGGAACGCAUGGAGAACAUCCGAUUCUGCCGCCAGUACCUGGUGUUCCAUGAUGGGGACUCAGUGGUGUUUGCAGGGCCUGCGGGCAACAGUGUGGAGACCCGGGGGGAGCUGCUAAGCAGAGAAUCUCCUUCAGGCACCAUGAAAGCCGUGCUGCGCAAGGCUGGAAGCACUGGGGAGGAGAAGCAGUUUUUGGAGGUCUGGGAGAAGAACCGGAAGCUCAAGAGCUUCAACCUGUCAGCGCUGGAGAAACAUGGGCCGGUUUACGAGGAUGACUGCUUUGGCUGCCUGUCCUGGUCGCACUCGGAGACACACUUACUAUACGUGGCAGAGAAGAAGCGCCCCAAGGCUGAGUCCUUCUUUCAGACCAAAGCCUUGGACAUCAGUGGCAGCGAUGAUGAGAUGGCCAGGCCGAAGAAGCCAGACCAGGCCAUUAAGGGGGACCAGUUUUUGUUUUACGAAGACUGGGGAGAAAACAUGGUUUCCAAAGGCACUCCUGUACUGUGUGUGCUGGAUAUCGAGAGUGGCAACAUCUCUGUGCUUGAGGGGGUCCCUGAGAGUGUGUCCCCCGGCCAGGCCUUCUGGGCCCCUGGAGACACAGGUGUGGUGUUCGCAGGCUGGUGGCAUGAGCCCUUCCGGUUGGGCAUCCGCUUCUGCACCAAUCGGAGGUCAGCCCUGUACUACGUGGACCUCACUGGGGGGAACUGCGAGCUCCUCUCGGAUGACUCUCUGGCUGUCACUUCUCCCCGGCUGAGCCCAGACCAGUGUCGCAUCGUCUACCUGCAGUUCCCAUCUCUGGUCCCCCAUCAGCAGUGUGGCCAGUUGUGCCUGUAUGACUGGUAUACCAGGGUCACGGUGGUGGUGGUGGAUGUCGUGCCUCGGCAACUGGGAGAGAACUUCUCUGGGAUCUACUGCAGCCUGCUCCCUCUGGGAUGCUGGUCGGCUGACAGCCAGAGAGUGGUUUUUGACACAGCUCAGCGCAGCCGGCAGGACCUGUUUGCUGUGGACACCCAGAUGGGCACUGUGACCCCUCUGACAGCUGGCGGGUCAGGUGGAAGCUGGAAGCUGCUCACAAUUGACCGGGACCUCAUGGUGGCCCAGUUCUCCACGCCCAACCUUCCUCCGUGCCUGAAAGUCGGGUUCCUGCCUCCUGCGGGGAUGGAGCAGGAGGUGGUGUGGGUGUCCCUGGAGGAGGCCGAGCCCAUUCCUGACAUCUCCUGGAGCAUCCGGGUACUACAGCCACCCCCAGAGCAAGAGCAUGCGCAGUAUGCUGGUCUUGACUUUGAAGCGAUCCUUAUCCAGCCCAGCAACCCUCCAGAUAAGACCCAGGUGCCCAUGGUGGUCAUGCCCCACGGGGGACCCCAUUCAUCCUUUGUCACUUCCUGGAUGCUACUCCCAGCCAUGCUUUGCAAGAUGGGCUUUGCAGCUCUACUAGUGAACUAUCGUGGCUCCACGGGCUUUGGCCAGGACAGCAUCCUCUCCCUCCCCGGCAAUGUGGGCAGCCAGGAUGUGAAGGAUGUCCAGUUUGCAGUCGAGCAGGUGCUCCAGGAGGAACACUUUGACGCAGGCCGAGUGGCCCUGUUGGGUGGUUCCCAUGGCGGCUUCCUGUCCUGCCACCUGAUUGGUCAGUAUCCCGAGACCUACGGCGCCUGCGUGGUGCGGAACCCUGUGAUCAACAUUGCCUCCAUGAUGGGCUCCACGGACAUCCCUGACUGGUGUGUGGUGGAGGCUGGCUACCUCUACAGCAGCGAUUGCCUGCCAGACCCCAACGUGUGGUCUGAGAUGCUGAACAAGUCACCCAUCAAGUACACCCCUCAGGUGAAGACACCAGUGUUACUGAUGCUUGGCCAGGAGGACCGGCGUGUGCCCUUCAAGCAGGGCAUGGAGUAUUACCGUGCCCUCAAAGCCCGGAACGUGCCUGUUCGGCUCCUGCUCUAUCCCAAGAGCACCCACUCACUCUCAGAGGUGGAGGUGGAAUCCGACAGCUUCAUGAAUGCUGUGAUCUGGAUGUGUACGCACUUGGGCCACUGAAGCCCUGCCCCUCAGCACGAGCUGGGUGGCAUAUGCCACACCGGGCUCUCUGGCAGAGUGGCGAGAGGCUUCCGGGUCUCUGGACUUCAUAGACGGGUGAGCCGAGGAACAUGGGCUGCAUACUCAUAAUAAAUGAAGACACGGA